AUGGACGAUGGAAGUAAGUUACGCGUAAGAACAGAACAAGCUGUCAUACCCGAUGGCAGUGUCGUGUUGCAGUCGUUCAUCGCAAAACUUGGUAAGAAAGGGAGCAGUGAAGCCUACAUUUAACUUGUGUUUGAGUUCAGCCUUAGUUAGGUCACUUCGGUUUAUGUUUAAAAAACUAGAUCAAUUAUCUCCGAUUUCUGUGUGUGAUAAUCACAUACAGAUAUCAGAAGUAUCACUGAUAGUCAAUUCACGCUUUGCUUACUUUCAACAACUGUAACUUAGGUGAUAAAAAAAUAAGCUGAAUUAUAAAUGUACACGCAUUUUGAUUUAUCACCAUGAACAACUUUUUGCUUUGUUAUUAUAUAAAACAAACAGAUUCCAUGUUGCUGUGGAAGUGUAAAGUAAUAGAUCACAAGUGACAAUAAUUGUGGUAAUAACAUCAAUGACACACUCGGUUACACUUCGUGUUCCUCUUUGUUGCCAGUACCACAUUUUGAUGUCAUAUGUGAUCUAUUAGUGAACAGACUCAUGGCAACAUGGAAUCCAUUUGCUAAUUAGAAAUAUCGAGCUUGUAGUGUACAAUACUGUAGUUGUUAAAUACAAGUUCAAUCGUGGUCUUAGUAAGGCAUUCUCUGUUUAUUCUGUUAUUGUAAAUUUUCAGUCUUAUACUGUCCUAGAUGUCCUUAAAAUUUCUGUUAUUCAUUAUGAGAUCACUCUGCAAAUUGUUGAUAGGUCACCAUAUAGAAGAAAUCCGUGUGAGAGCACUGAAGAACAUUUUAUUUAAGCUAGAGCACAAGUUGGUUUGUCCAGCUGAUCUGGUUCAAGAGAGGCAGUUGCUGAUUAAUCUUUUAGAAUGGUUCAACUUUCCAAAGGCACCCCUUAAAAAGGAGGUGCUGGGAAUUCUUGAAAUUCUGUCAAGGGUGAGUUUACAGCACUAGGUGACUGAAGCAUUUACUGGUAGUUUCAAUUCAUUGAUAAAGUGCAAUGCCAGUAUCCAAGCUCUGUAUUAGUAAUUCUCUUUACUGUCUGCCAUAUAAUUCUCACAAUGUUAGUUCUGGGAAUUUGGUAUUGGAUCAGCUAAUAGUCUUCUUGUUGAUAUUUUUCUUUAUUCUCAACACUUUUCUUCUUGAUGUUGUAUUGACAUUGAGAGGAAAAAUUCUAUCUUGGUCACUCAUGAGAGUUAAAUGGUUAAGAAGCUAUAUUUUACCCAUUGGGUUCAUGUUGCAGUUACACGUGAGCAACUGUUGUUAUGAGUAUUGAUACCAUCCAAAAUUAUUGGUUACUAACUUGCUUUGCAAGCAGAUUUUUUGUUCAUUUGACUAGAGAUAAUACAUUUCUGCAGAUCAAGACUAUUCAAGAAACCUGCAAAAAAUAAAAACCAAUAAUAUUUUCCUGCUUUAUGGUAAUUCAAGUUUCUUUAUUUGAAUGUUUUCAUCAGCCUGUUUCUGGAGCAGAGGGCCUGCUAAGUCUUGGAGCAGUAGAAUUUCUAUCACACUUAAGGCAAGAUGUUGAUCCUGAAUUACACCAAAGUGUUGAUAAUGUGAUACAUCAGCUACUGAGCUUGCCGCAAGAGGAUGCUGUGGAUCACAGUCAACAGUGCUUGUACAAGGAGCAGUACCCUGGGCCAGUGGAUCAAACUCAAACAUCUGUGGAUCGUGAUGAGUAUCAGCAGUCCCUUGGUGAGUGCAAAAAAUAUUUGAACUGACAGUAAUCAGGAGACAUCCUGUACACAUUUAUCAGAUUGGUUUAAUUGGGCUGGGAGAUAGAACUGGAAGUGUAUAGAUGGAAGAAAGGAAAUAGCAGAAGGAAAAAUGAAGGUAGUGGAGAAAAAAAAGUGAAAGAAAAUCACCUACAUGUAUCAUGAUAUUAUUGCCUGUAUUCUUCUUUUUUUCUUCCUUUGAUUCAUUCAACUCAAACAGUAGCAGUUCCUUAAAAUUAUGGUUUAUUCAUUGAAAAAUCUGUCAGAUUUCAGGCCUAAUAAAGGUUUGUCUUGCUUUGAGUCAGAACAACAGCACCUUUGAAGUUUGGUAGGGCUUGAGAAAAUUUGAUAGGACAAUAAAUUAGGGGUUGCACUUGUCUCAUGGAACUGAUGACAGAUUUUUUUGCAAAAUAAUCAAUAAUUUGCCAAGUACCUUGGAGACCUUCAUGAUGGCAGCAGUUUGUAUGAAACUCCAUUCAUAGGUCAAACUGCAGCCAGCACCCAGUCAACUAGUACUAACCCCCACCCUGAGGGUAGCAGAGCCUUUUUUUCAUCUAUCAGCCCAGUCAGUGGAUAUUUUGAGAAACAGGGUGGCAUGACUCAGAAAGCAAUCAUUCCUCUACAAAGUGAGAUGCACUCAGAAUCCUCAUCAAGUAAACAAACCACAGGUAAAGUACCCCUCAAAAAUAAGUUAACAGCUCCUUGAAACUCAAUCCUCCAUGCUCGAUUCUUGAUUCUCAAUUCUCAAGAACUUUAAAGGGUUAUUUAAAUAACCCUUUAACUCUUAUAAGUGAUUAAAAUGCAACUUCUCCCAAUAUUUUCCAUACAUUAUUCAACAAACAGGUGAUGAGAAUACUCAAACUUAUCAGGUAGAGGUCUUUACCUUGAUCUAUGUCUUGACCAAUAUAUUCCUUACAGAAAAUAGUUUGCAGAGUUCUCAAUCCUUUGCUGUUGAGCAUUAUAGAUGCUUAUGGAUAAAAGUAAAUCUGUAGUUCUCUUUUACCCACAUUACAUUAAAUUUGCUUUCAGGAACCUUUAGUGACAACAAGUCAAGCCUGACCUUUGUUCCUUGGUUACCUUUGUCAGCCAGUGACAGACACAUUUUGUCUGUGACAGCCAGCCGUUUACAGAGUAGAAGCUCUUCCUUAGUGUCUAAGUCUUGUGAGUUUCUGAGAGAUGUUCUGUUUAAGGAUUUCCCUGCUGAGAUCUUCUUACACAGGCCAAGCGUGCUUCAGGUAACAAGAAAAUCUGUCACUCCUUAACCUCCUGAGUGUUUAUAUGGCAUCCUGAGUAAGUUGACAUUUUGAGAGAUUCAGUUUAACACUCUAACACCCAGACCAAAUUUGUAAUUCUCCUAACUGUCAACUAUUCAAUUCUUAUAAUGUUAAUUAAGAGAAUUUAAUAUUGGGUCAACUAAUUAUCCCUAAAUUGAUAUUUUUCUUUAUUCUCAUCACUUAUCUGGUUGAUAUUGUAUUGAUAUUGUGAGGAGAAAUUCUGUCUUGGUCACCUGUAGAAGUUAAAGGGUUAGUUCCAGGUGUUGGUUGUUCAAAUAAAGGGGGUAAGUUUGUAAUUAAAUAAAACUGUGGUGCUACAUCGUUGGGGGAGUAUAACAACGAAGAUAAAUUGGUGUAAUCAAAUGAGUUGAUGAUGUAAAUUGGCCACUGUAAAGAGGUUGAAAACUGAGGUUUCAAGCAUUAGCCCUUCUUUAGAGAAAAUGGUUGUUGGAAGGCUGGUUGGCGUUAUUCUAUGGUUAAACUGUUAUCCACUGGAUUGCGUAGUAUGUUUUUGUAAACACUUAUCUACUGGUUAGGAUAACAAUUUAACCAGUGGAUAAAAUAGAUUUGACACUUCAGUAUUUCAAAUGGAUUAUUUAUAGCAGCAAAUUAUUAUAUUACUAAAUCAGACAUUUGUGCUUUGUGUUCUUUGAGAGACUUAAAAAUGAACGCAAUGGAUGCUUAAGUUUUUAUUUUAAUUUGUUUUUGUAUUAUCAACUGAAGUCUCUUUUAGAACUGUUGGAGGAGAAGAGCAAUGUUAGUGAUGAAGCUUCUCUUACACUUGGUGCCAUACGCUGUCUGUGUGACCUGAACCAUCAUGUCCUUGUACGGCUCAUGGCAGUGUGUGAUCUUGUGCUUUUCUGUCCUGAACAAGGUUUGGCACUUUGUUCAGUUUUGUCUUCAUUAAAGAGGAGUUUUUCAUAUGGAACACUUUAUCUAUAAAUUUCCUAUAAAUUUCAUCAUGAUGUUCAUGCUUAAGGUUAGGAUUUUUUUAAUCUUUUCUAUCAUUUGCCACAUUCCCUUUCGGGUUAUUUUGUUAUUUCCACUUUCUAAUUUUUUAAAGAAAGUGACAAAAGUUUUGAGUUGUAAAACAUGUUUCAACAGAAACUUCUGUCAUCUUCAGUUAAUUACUGCACCAAGCAUUGAAAGUUGAAUUAUAUAGCUGUUGUCACUAUUCAUCUUAAUUAGCAUUGUUCUGCUUACUAUAUAAUUCAACUUUCAAUGCUUUGUACAAUAAUUAACUGAAGAUGACAGAAGUUUCUGUCGAAACAUGUUUUACAGACUCAAAAGUUUUGUCGCUUUCUUUAAAUUCUAAACUUGCCUGCAAAUAUUAAGACACUUUCUAAUUUGUGAUGAAGUUAUCAACAGUUUCAUUAAUGGCAGGCAAGUGACAAAAACUACUGCUUUAACUUUAUCGGAAUUAAUCUCUCCCUGCUUUCAUGACAGAUUGUUGGAAAUACAGGCAUAUUUCUUUGUCAAUGGAAACAAAGAACCAAGGUACCGAUCAACAGGUGACAAAUGUAAGAGAAACUGGAGAUGGGGGAGUUGACAGGUGUGUCUGCAUGCACAAGGAUACAUUAGACACGCAUACAGUAUUUUUUAAGAUAGAGAGAUCUAGAUGGCCUCUGUUUUAGUUUAUAUAUAGUUAGUAUUCUACAACAUGAGCUACAUGUGAAAUAGGGGAGUUUGUAAUUUGCAUUGAGCAUUCAUUUGACUUAAAUGUAUAGAUUCACAGCAAAACCAUCAUUUUACCAGUCUGAGAAUUCAAAUAACAUUGACGCAUGGUUGUCAUUAGGAGGCAGAAGAUGGUGGAAACCCACCAGCUGUCAGACCAUUUUGCACAGGCUAAUUACAAGUUGAGACCAAAGACAGAUAAUAUGUAUUUUUGAGCUGAUUCUAACAUCAAUGUCUGGCUAAGAAAGGUUACUCAAAUAUGUCCACAAUGCUGGAAGUCACAUCACAGAGAGUUUUAAAUUUUAAAUUUUUCCUUGGAAUCAUUUCCUCAGACCCUCCUGAGAAAGUAAUUUGGUUUUAUCAACUUAGUUGUUAAAUGUAAAUUGGCCAUUAUAAAGAGCUUCAAAGCUGAAGUUUCAAGUGUUUGCUCUCAAGCUAACACUCAGAACAUCAGCUUUGAAACUUUUUCUAGUGGCCAACUUACAUUAUUUUAUUUAUCAACUCAGUUGAUAAAACAAUAUUAUCUUGUUAUACUUCCCCACUGAUGCUGCACCACAGUUUCUCUAGAAAUUUAUCCCCUUUAUUUGCCACUGUAGAAGGGCUUGUUUCUUUAAAACAUGCCAUGUUUGCAACAUAAUUCAAAAUAAUUCAAUUCAACUUUCUACUCAGUUCAGAUUAUCUAUCUCUGAUUGAUGCAUUACUGAAUGAUGUACUUUAUGGCUUCUUGAUGGUAAAAAUUGGAUUGUUCCUUUGUUUUCAGUGAUGAUCAAUCCAGUUCCAGUGUGUCUGACAACAAAGCGUCUCAGGCAAGUGAUGAAGAUGAAGAUGAGAUGGUUACGGAAGCCUUGCAGUUCAACCAGCUGUCCUUGGAGGAGUUUUGUAUAAUUUUGCUCUCUAAAGUUGUUCCCAUAUUUAAGGGAUACCUGUGCAUGGAUUCUGCCAUAAUUGAAUCAGCUGUGAGCUUGUCACACAAAGUAUUGAGUUUGAUGAUGAAAGUUCUUCCAGUUGAUCUUUGGAGACGUGGAACAAAGUUGAAUUCUUUGAUGGUAAGUCACUAAUUCUGUUUGGUAGUAAAGGAAAGUUGAUUUAAUUAUUUUCCAAAAAAAUGAUUGUUAAAGCACCUAAUAUUGUCACUUUUAAAUUGUUGCUCCACAUAUAUAGGAUUUUUCUAAGUUAGUUGAAAGGAAACUUCUCAGAGAAAUGUCCCAUCACAGGAGAUGUGGAUCAAAAAAUUAAAGUGGGCUUUUUUUAAAGAGGAAGGGGAAAUGAUCUUUUGGAAGCUCUGCACAUGCAAAAUGUCUGCUAUUGGGAAGGUUCAGUUGUACAGAAUGUUUAAAACAGUAUAAGAGCAUGACAUGAAUCACAACAGCAUCUUACUUGUCCUCCUACUCAUCAAGGGCCACAAGGAUUAUGUUUUACUUUGAACUGUGUCAGUCAGUAUAACUGUCUGGGUGUUUUAAGUCUUUAAUUAUACUAAGCAUGACAAAUUUGUUAUUUAUCUGAAUAUUUUUGUCUUUUCCAGGCUAGUUCUCUUGUAAAUAUAAUGAAGAGUUUGGGUAAGAGUAUUGUGCAUCAUAUCAAAUAUUACGGAAGGCUUGGCCUGGAUGAAGGGAAGGACAAACAAAAGGACUCCAAGCCACCAAAGCACACACUACCUAAACAUCGAAUGACAGUUGUAAAUCUGGCGACAUUUCUGUUGCGGUUCCUAGAUAGCUUAGUGCCUCUGGAAAUUGUAAGUAUACUAUAGCUACUUCCCACUGAUAAAGUUUUGUAGUAAUUGUUUAAACUUAAAGAAACCUCCAAGUAAUUUUGCUAUGAACACCUCUUUCUACUUAAGGCAGAUAUGCUCAAGACCAUUGUGUACCACCCUUCAACAAACUGUGCAGGAGGAUUUGUGGAGAAGUCUAAAUCUUUCCAAAUAUCUACAGAGUACUGUACCUUUUGAAACCCUCAUUCCUCCUUUCCAGAGCUGUGAUUUAGUGGUGCACAGUGGCCUCUGGGGCCUUACUUUUUCCCUUGGCUGACUAGGGCAUCAGUUCUUAGUUUUUUCAUUAAAAAAGCAUAAUUAUGCUGGACACCCUGGAUCUCACAAUUUCAGAGCGCUGGGCUUCCUUCAAUGUUUCUUAGAGCAUAGCCUUGCUAAUGUUGGAUUUAACUGGAAUACAAACCUAUGAUGCAUAAGGGGCAGAUUCAUUACAGAUAAUAAUUUUAAUAAUUUUCUGAUGAUAGUGACCAAGAAUGUAGCACUGAGUGACCUUCUCAGUGCUUAGAGGUGACCCAGUAAAACUUAAUGUAAGACAGAUUUUUUUUAUUUCCCCUGAUUUUUCUCUGCAUUUCUCACCAGACUUAUUUUAGGAGAAUCAUAUAUAACCAGCUCUUGCUACUCAUUACUCAUUACUCAUUGUAACAGCACAUUUUAGGGUCAUGUUUAUUUUGUCAGCUGUAAAGGCCUGUAGUUUUGAAGUAUGGCUGUUAUUAUUGAAAUAACAAUUGAUCAAAGAGUUCAUAAAAAGUCAUGGAAUUAUAUUAAUUUGAAAAAAGUAUCUGAUUUUAAGGCAAAUUUCAAUGCUGUCUGUAAAUGCCAUUGUUCCCAGUUAAGUUUCUUGUUUUGAAAAUAACCAUUUUUCAGUCAUCAAAGGUGGUUCCUUCUGAGGUAAUAACAGUGAUGUGGCUCCUUUCUAUGGAUGAACUCUUGGUUAUCUCCCACCCUCAUUUACGACCUGCAGCAAUGAAGUACCUUGCUGUCCUGGAUCCAUAUUCACAUGAACUGUGCAUUUUCACUCAAGGAAUCUGUGACUCAAUGGCUAGCACUUGCAAAUUCCUUAAAAUUUGCAGAGUGAAGGUAAUUUCUUUGUUCCUUUGUUCAAAAUAAAUGCAUUUCAAAUGAAGUCCUUUCUUCAGAUGAACACAUUGACAAUCAUAAGUCAAGAACCUUUUAAGACUGAGUGUCAUAGAACAAAAACCAUAGUUAUGCAAGACUCAAUCUUAGUUACUUAGCAAACUCUAUAAGGAUUGGUGCUAAAAAAGAGUUGUACACUGUAGUUGUUAUUGUUGGUGAAUGAGCCAGUAAUAAAGUUUUUUGAAGGUCUCACAAUAUAUUCCCUUCUCAACUUGAUGCUCUUGUUUCUAUUGCAUGCUGCUAGCUCUCUUUGGAUGACAAAUUGUGACCAGUUGACCUCAUCAUCUGAAGAGAACUCUCUGAAUUAGCCAAAAUGUUUCAAUCCUUGAUGGAAUUUACAACCAUAUUAGAGAAACAAGUCAAUCUUAUAAUACGAUGUUACUUGUGCUAAGAUUUCCAAUAUCUACUUUUCUUUCAGGAACUUUCUUACUCCUUGAAUGAGCUUUCUAACCUUGUUCUUGCCUGUGUGCCUAGUGUCACAUAUCACAAGCACAUGGUAUUCAUCUCUGAGGCAGUAAAAAUCUGUAGCAGGGUCUGUAAUCCAGCAAGUCAGGCAGAUGACAGGGCCAUUCCUGUGUGUCAGAAGAUAGUACUACAAUUACUUGCUCACCCCAGUCCUGAAGUGAGGCUGCAAGCUUACAAAAUAUCCUUGAGCCUGGUAAAAGAAGCUUGCAGUGUGAGUCAUGUGACUGAACCAUUUUCUGUGGUCUGUCAAAAAGCGCUGUUUGUGUUAGAAAGGGCAGUACUACAUCAGAUCUGCUGUUUUGGAAUCUAUGAUGCAGAUGAAAAGGUCAGUUCUGUAAACGUACUAUCUUUCCAUUACAACACAAAUAGUAUUGUGCUUGACUGUGGUGUAAGUCAGUGGAUAAGUGACAAAGAAGGCAGUGUUUCCCUUAAAAGUCUAAUUGUUUGGAAACUGGCAUGCCAUUGUUUGGACUUGUGAGGGAAUCUGUCAAAGAAAAAACUUUGUCACUAUGGAAAAGAAAUAUCUAGUGGUAGUGUGCCAAACUCUGGGUUGAAGAGCUGGGUUCUAGCCCUGGCUGAGACAUUUUGUUGUGUUCUAGGGCAAAAGAAUUUGCUCUCACAGUGCAUCUCUACAACCAUGAGUACAAUAAGGUAACAGAAAAAUGACAGAGGGACCUUAUGAAAUUGCUGGGAAAAGGGAGAGGGAUGGGUAACCUGUGAUAAAGUAGUCAUUCUCCAAAGCAGGGGAGAGUAACAAUACCCAAAAGACUAUAUACAGGGUUUGUAUGGGUCUUGGAAACCUGCAAAGUCCUGGAAUUUUAUUCUGACAUUCAGUCCUGGAAAAAGACAGGAAAAUCCUGUAAAUCUGCCCAACAUGAGCAAUAAAGUUUUCAGAAUUUACGUUAUAAGAAAUGUAUGAUUGAAAGGAGAAAUGAUUUUGAAAUCUUUGGAAUGAAAGGGCUCAAAUGGAAAUUUGGAAAAAUCAAUCUGAGUCCUGGAGAAGUCCUGCUUGAAAUUUGUUUCUGGAAAAAGGGCACAAACCCCGUACAUACCCCAAGCCACUUUGUGAAAUAAAAACUGGAAUACACUGUUGGUUCUACCUGGAUGGGUCACUUUGUUAAGUGCAGACUUUCUUUAACUUAUGCAUAUUCUGAAUUAGGAAAUGUCUGUUGUAGGUCUGUGAUGUGGCAGUUGAACUCAUUACCACCCUACUUCUUGGUCGCCUCAGUAUGAGCGGUGAACUCUGGAAAAAACUCUUAGAUGGCUUGAUUGCCUCCCUACCCCAGCUGCAAGGCUCAAUCCUAGUUGAUCCUGCUCUGGAUCAGUGCAUAGUGGAGCUUGUAGCUUCACGUGGUGUUACAGGAGGACAUGUCACUGCUGAAGGGGACAUAAUAACGUUGCCGUCCUUAGAGCGGUUUAGAGGGGCAUUACGCCUGAUGUUUGUGAAAGACUCUAAGGUGCGCAGUAAAGCCUUUGAAUCUGUUGUCUGGCAGCUCACAAAUCAAGCUAAUAGUGAGAGAAGGAAGAGUUCAUUUCAAGGUAUUCUGGCAGACAAUGCUGCAGAUCUUUUCAUGGUGGAUCAGCUGACCUCUGCUGUACAUGCCCAUGCCCCAACAACACACACCAGUGUAGACAAGACUGAAAUUCUCAAUUUGUUGUCCAUACUGUCAUCGUCUUCUUUGGAUGUGGGGUUGAGGAAAUCUUCAGCUCAGCAACUAGCCAUCAUUUUGCAAGGUAAAAAGAUGUUCUGCAAAUAAACCAUUUCCUGUGUUUAACUGUAUGUAUUAUUUGUCACAUACCAAGCCAUAGGUGCAAAACGGUACUUCAAAAUGUAUUGCAAGUGCCGUGUAUUAAUCUUUCACUUUGGGUGAGAAAGAGAAUAUUACAGAGAUGUGAUUUAUAGUGUACGAUGUCUUCUCUACAGGUGAGGCCAAGAGAGUGUUUCCUGAUGAUAUGACACUAUAGUGUCCCCUUUUGACUGGUUUAUUACGAGAGGGUGAAUACGAUAGGAAUGGAGAGAAAUGGAGCAGCACUUUCACUUUUUUGAAAUGGACAGAAAAAGCAUCCAUAAAGCAUGCCAAUCAAUUGUUGACAAAAUUGUAUAACUUCUCAUUUUUACCCCAUUAACCCUUCAAUUCCUAGAAGUGAUUACCUCAUAACCUCUCCCCCCUAUAAUAUCCGUACACUAUCCAGCGAACAGGUAAUGAAAAUACUCAAAGUUAUCAGGAAGAAGUUGUUUUCUUGAUGUAACACCAAAUUCUCGCAACCUAUUCAUAAGGAAAUGUGUAGCAACCAGAGGGGAGAAUUUACUUGGGAGUUCAAGGGUUAAAUGACGUCCACGUUACUGGCUUGCCGUGUUUUGCAGCACGAAGCAAAGCUAAAACUUCCUUCCUUUCUUUCAGAUCCUCAGUGGCACGAGCCUCUGUUACAGGAACAUGCAGAUGAAGUUUGCAUGUCUAUUCUGUCAGAAAUAGUAGAACAGGAUGCCCCUGUGCACUCCUCGACCACACCUUGCCCAAGGGUAGAGCUCAUACCAGCCUGUCUGACCAUCCUUAGACUGUUAGCAGAGUACAGCGCCAGCUGCAGACGCUGUUUAGCUACGAAAUUGUCUUCUUAUUCUGUUAUUACAAGGUAAAUGGGUCGAUGUAGAAUGGUUAUUGUGCUGGACUCUGGGUCGAAGGUCCGUGUUGAAGACCUUGUGAGUUAUCAGGGAAGCCUGAUGAAAUGCUGGGGGAAUCUUGCAAUGGACUUGCAUGUUAUCCCCGACGACGGGAAGGGAGUAGUAACCCUCCGGCUGCAUGGGCCACUUGGCUGGAGUCCAGUGUUUUUUUACUUACCAGGUAAACAGCAGCAUGCAAAGGUGAAAAUUUUUAAGUUAUGUUGCUAAGAAUAGUUAAGGCAUAGGAAAUACUACUUUUUGUACAUUUGUUGCAAAUAAUGUUUCUGUUUGAAUUUGCACUUCAGGUGUUCACUGUUGUGUCAGCUCAGUGGUCAAGUGAAAUACGAGGCUGCUUGUCUCAUGGUUCUUCUUCUCUUUGACGAGGCUGCAGUAGCAAUGCCCGAUAGUGGCAGUGGGAUUCCUUUCAGCUUACCAAAAUCACUAGUCAGAAGGUAUGUUCAUAAAACAGUUUGUUACAUUGUACAUCCCCUUGUCAAAAUUAGGGACCUUAAGCAAACCACGACGGCAACAGUAACGAGGAAGUGGCUAAAUAAAGGAUAUCAUGGACAGAACAAUAGCUCUACUCGUGUGUAAAAUCAACAAAAGUUUGCAUUAUCUGAGACCAUUUGAAACUCAACGCUGCUCACAUAGGGUUUGCUGAAGUUGAGGUGUGGCGCCGUCGAGACGGUAAACACAUCCAGCCAUUCGCGAAAUACUGACUAGAAUUAUCAAUUCUUUUAUCUAAUCAACGUCUUUCUCGGGGUUGGCGUCCUAACUGUUUAAGGUUCCUAACGAUGAGUUCACAGCGCAAGCCUCAAGCCUUCUGCCAUAAUUCAAGAUUGAGUGACUUGCCCAGAUUUUGCAACCUUGCUCAGUUUGUAACGGAGAGAAAGUAACUAUUAAUCACAAUGUAUACGGUUUGUUCUUGUUUUUGAUUUUUAGUUCAAUUUAGUGAGGUAAGUUAAAGUCUACCGAGGGAAGUUGUGGAUUGAAUUAAUAAGAAGUUUAUAGACCCUAAAACUAAAUUUAAGCUUGCAAGCAAUUGAAUGUCACCGAAGAUGUGACCAUAAAACAUCACUAGGUGCUUCAUGGUUUUGAUCUCAGAAAUCUCGGAUAUUCUGCGCUCAAAAGCUUGAAAAGCAAAGUUAAAUAUGUCUCCCAAAGACAUCAGUUACCUUGUGACAUUACUUCAUUCAUUUAUUUUUCAUAUUUUUUUUCCUUUUUUUUUGACAGAUUUCAGUUUCCAUUCUCUCCUCCCGUCCACACUCCUAUCAGUGUUCACCAGUCUCCAGAACUUGAAGAGAAAGACGCGUUUGAAUCAGAACCAGCCGUGUCCAGACUUAGGUUGGCCUGGAAUCUAGGCUGGCAUGAAAACGUUGACAACCUGUCUAAAGUAAAGGGAGUGGAGGAUAGCAGCCAGUUAGAUAAAAAAUUAGGGUAAGAUGAUGUUACUUCACAUGUAAGCCCAGCGAUGCAUUCAAGCGGCUCUACCGCCAGUAAUUUUUGCGUUUUCGAAGUUAACUGGUGUAGAAAAGACAGAGCUACAUUAAGAUAUUAUUCACUCGUGAAAAAAUGUCUCAAAAACGGUGACAUAGUAGAGGUAAGCGCAAGGUGAGCGUGAAAAGUGUGCGAAGGGUGAGUUCUACGCGAGAGGAAGAGUGCGAUCAGUACAAUUGGCACCUGUCGCGCUCCUCUCGCGCGUGACUCGCCCUUUAUGCUUUCCUUGCGCUUGCCUCGCGCUUGCGUCCGCUCGCUAAGAAAAAAACAGGAGAAAAUGGCGCCUGUCCCGCAGACUGUAAGCAUCCUGUCUGCUGUCAGAAUCAACAAAGUCAAAAAAGUCCAUAGUAGAGAAAGAGUAACUAAAAAACAAAAGGUUGGUGAACACUUAAACAUUGUCCCAUAGGUAUUGGCGAGCCUUGCAGUGGACAACUCUUGAUGCUGAUCUUCUUUGCUGCACUCAUGUUCAAAUGGCUCUAAGUAAUCACCUACAGUGUAUGGAGACAGCGAAUUCGCAUUAUGACGUCAAGAUUGCUCUCAGUAACAUCACGGCUCACUUGUUGGCUGAUAAGAGUCCUACAGCCAAGCAAAAACUAGCGGUAGAGGUCCUGUACACUUUGAAAUGGGAAACUGCAUUUGAGAGGUACAAAUAAUAUUUUAUAACUUACUGUCAAAGCUUGAACACCGGAAUUGUGUUUGUUUUGUGUUUACCAUUAACCGUUUCUUGUGGAAUGUAAUUGUGUGGAAGAAAAUAAUCCAAUCAGACAAUAACAGGGUGUUAUCAACUGUGUUGAUAACGUAAAUUGGCCACCGUAAAGAGUUUAAAGGCUGUCGUCUCGAGCAUUAGCCCUUCGUCAGGGCGAUUUAAGGAAUUGUGUGUUGUGUCUGGGUUUAUAUGCAGAAAAUGGAGCAACGCUAUUGGUGGGAAUAUUGUGAGAGAAAACAAGAAUAAAUUAAUUGAAUGAAUCAAUCAGGCGAUAGAUAGCGUGCGAUCAGACCCUCAUCAUUAGUGCUGCAGGACAAGCGUUCCUGCGCCUGUGAGAAGAUUGGGGACAAGUCAGGGAGAGGUUUCUAAUAAUGAGGUAACAGACCCCUUGCAGACCCCUCACCGGCUGGCAUUGCUCAAGGCAUCAAAUUUCCCCUUUGGCGAAGAAACGUUUGGCGAAGCGCUGAUCAUGAGGGCCUGCUCGCGAGGUAAUCAGGCGAAAGAAAUUUUAACUGAACAAAGUGACGCUUAUGAUUUUAUGAAUCAGAACAAGUUAGCUAACGGUUUGCUUACGUGUUGAUGGGCCACCAGCAUUAGACAUGCUUACCAUGUCAUAGUUUUAGAUGUUCAUUGUUUUUGGAGUGAAACAGUAAGUGGCCUAUGUCAGUUGAUAUUUCGUGUCCCUUGUUGCCCUGUAGAGGUAUUCGCUUUUUUAAUUUUUUAAUUAGCUACUUUUUGAGAGAUACACAAACAUUAUACGUUUUUCAAGCACUGUGACUUAUUGGCUUGUGUCUCGUGAGAGACAUCUUGGUUCGCCACCUAUUCAUUACAACGUUCGCACAUGCGUGACUUUUGAUCGCUCUGUACUCCGUGAUUGGCCUCCAAAGGUGAAAACUUAUUUCUCGGCAUUUUAUUUUAUUAGAUAUCUGCAAGUGGUGCCAAACAGCAGCGAUGAUGAUAACUUGCUCAUAGAGGUACUGAAGGUGUUAGACAUCAUCCUUUCCAGUCCUCGACAACCUCCAGAGCCUGUGGUGGCCUGGGUAGCAAGGGUAGUCUUACAGAGAGAUGGACCACAGAUGACGCUGCUGAGAAAUGUCCAAACGAGUACUGCUGGCUCGCAAACAGUAUCUGAAUCAAAAAGGUAUGCUCUGUUGAUGUUUUUUUUGAUACUGUGAAAUGUGAAGGCUGUGAGUUUUCACUGUGUUCGUAGGUCGAACAAGAAGUGAAGAGUUUCAGUCAAGGAUCUCAUUGGAAAUUGUACAGGAAUAACGCAUGGAGUGUAGUUAUUUUACUUGGUUUGAUUUGCAAGAACUUAUGAAACCAUUGCCCAUCACAGGCUCACCCGUACUCUAUCGUCACUCUGGUUUUGUACCUAAUGGUGACCUUAAGCAAAUUACAACGGCGACUGGAGCAAAGACGUAUAAAAAGAAAAGGAUCCAGAGGGCAGAACAACAGCUCAAUUCUAGCGUUUUACAACUUAGUACCUGUUUAAGCCGUCCUCAAAACAACAACGUGAAGUCACUAAAAUUUGUAUGGUUGUAGGACGGGAAACCCCGACGGAAAAUAAGUCAAGUUUCCAUUUAGAACUCAACACCGCUCAAAUACGUUGUGCUGAAGUUGAGAUUUGGCAAUUUAAGCGUCGAUAAACACGUCCACCCAUCAGCGAAAUUCUAGCCAAAGAAGACUAAUUCAUUCUUUUAAGUGACGUCAUCCACGGCCCUUCUGUUCUGGUUGCUUAAGGUCCCCAAUUUAUUAGUAAGUUUCGGUUUAAGAGUAACAAAAUGUGUGAAGUGGUUGUUAGAAUUCCUUUAAGAAUGCGCGAGUAGAUUUGGCACCGUUACGUUAUUUCGCCGAAGUUUUAACAACUUAACGCACGACAAUAAUCUUUAUUGAAUAUAAGUAAAAUGUUGUACCGCUUUUUCCGCUGUAGAGCCUUACGCAAGCAUCUCCUAUCUUUCCUGGUAACGUUGGUUAAGUGUCUGUCGCGAUACACCAAGGAAUGGAGACUGGAUAAAGAGAGGAUUUUUAUUGGUGACCUGGCAUACGCUUUAGCUCUGAAUUUGGAUUUAGCAGACAACCCACAGUUCUAUGAUUUGCCCGUGCUUGAGACGUCACUUGUUUGUUUGGUGCAUGUCACUUCGCAGCCACGGUGGAGCUCAGACUGUAAAUUCUCCCAAGGAAUGAGUCUGUGUAAACAACUCAUGUCAUCAUUGGUUCAGGUAGAGUAUUUUUGGAUUGGUUUCCAAUCAAGUAUCGUAAAACCGAAAGCAAAUAAAUACAAUGACCAAAAUGAGUAAAGCGGAAUGUUAUGAGCAGUCUGUGAGAACUGAAAAUAAAUAAAGGUAAAAGGCUUUUAGCGCGAGGAAACUCGACAUCGACAUCUUGUGACAUCAAAUUCAACGCGAACUUUGAUAUUGACUUUGACUCUGACUUCGCUUCGACAAAUGUACAUUUUGCUUUUACAUCUUCAUGUUAUUCGUCAGACCUACUUGACAACGGGUAAUGUCAUUAUUCGGUGAACCUUGUUAAAGCCAUUUCACCUCACUCCUUUUCCUUAUGGUCGCAAGAAUGAACAAAUGAACAUUGCCCUGGAGGAGAAAGUGUCGACAAUAAUUUUUCAAAUAUUUCUUUCUUUCAGUUUGUUUAAAAUAACUUAUACUUGACACGUUAAUGUUUUUUUUUCCAGGUGGUUCUAGCGUUCCACGCUGGCAGACUUGGCGCCAGUUUGUCAUUCAUGGGUAAAGGUGUCACUUAUUAUUCCAGCCUGUGUCUGUUGCACCUUACACACGAGAUGUCCAUUAUUGAUCCCGAAAAGGUAUCUCAUUGUUUCUUUUUAUAACGUGACAAUUAGCUGAAACUGCGGUUUUCUUUCUCUUUAUUUUUUUUACACUUAAAGAAAUGCGAAUGAAAGACAAAUUAUUUGUCUUUCGCUUGAGAAUAUGUUUAGUAUCUAACUUCGAUGAUCGCGUUUAAAGAUUACUAUCUGUCUCACUCCACCACCGUACGGGAAACUUUCGACGUGGCUGAUCGUAGCAGAAUACAGGCCGCUUGUAUCCUUUUUAUGAACCCAGUGACUCGUUAUCAAGUCCUAAUUUCUCAGUUUGCAGGACAUUCGAUGUCUAAAUCAGAUGUUUUUAGGUUCGAGAAAUCCUCACAGGACCUCGGUUCUUCUCUACGAUGUUGUCAUUUUUUCCUCUACUUUCAAUGGAUGCACACUUAGUUCACACUGCAUGCUUCGUAGGCCUGGGUCCUAAAAUGGUCACGUGGUCAAGACCAUCAAGAUGAGCCCCUACCAUGGCUGGUACCUUUGUUGACAGACCGCUGGCCGGACGUCCGUUGGAUGGGCCUUGGUAUAUGUACAAGUCUUGCUGGAAGCGAGCAAGGCAAGCAGGAACUACAAGUGGCUGGGCAGAAGUUUGUAGGAGGCUUGUGGAGCUUUGUGUUUACUGUUUUACUGGAUGACAUGGAAUGUGGCUUUGUCAGGCAGCAGGUUUGUAACAUAUCGGUGUGAAAAUUGAAAAUUGGUAAGCGCGCAUGGAGGUGCGGUAGCUGAGUAGUCAAGGCUGCGGUUAUUAUAGGUGUGUUCUGGGGCAAAACACUCAAUACUCACAUUGCCUUGUUGCCGUGAUAACGUUGAGGAAGGCAUUUAAUGGCGAUCGAUAACUUCACUGUCAAAGCCAAAAUAUGGAAAUCGUUUCUUAAUAACUCUCUCUGUGAGUCUAAUCGAUUCAUUAUUUUUUCUCUACGUUUUUGCCCAGCUUCAAAGAAAAAUGUAUGGUAUGCGUUUCUUUGAUUGCAAUACAGACAAUAUUUGAAACGAUUAUAAAUACAGUUAUUCGUUACCAAGCCUAAAUGAGUAAAAUUAGAGUUACUACCUAACACUUCUGUACUUGAGGGAGGCUUCGUAGAUCGGUUACGAAUUCAACUUCCUUAUAAAGAUGUCUCUUUUUUUAGGCGGCUCUGUUGCUUACUACUUUAGUCAGCGGACUGUCACCUGGAGGGAGCCUCCCUGAAGAAAAACGACAAGAUGACCUAAAGGUAUAUGUGAAAAGUUACCUGCAGAGCCUGCUAAAACGUCUUCUUGCCAUCGUAUUAAAUUGACCUUUCGUUUUACCUCUCUGUGAUGAAAACAGCAGUACUUUUCUUUGCGGCGUUGAACAUUUUUUUUGCCCCAUUGAGAUGUUCGGUCGAAUUGCUUGUCAAACGUGCAAAAAUAGUUAUAUCACUCUUAGAAUAAAGCCUGAAUGUUUUGAGGCUUUGUUUUGAAAAACCUAGUCAAUGGUGCAUAAAACUGUGAAGAUCUUUCCUCUGUGGAAACCUAUAACCUGCAGUUCAGAUCCUUGAUUCUUUUUUUUCACACUUUCAACAUUGGAGUCGAAAGGUAACUUCGAUGGUAUUGCAUGGCAGUUUUAUUCAAACUAAGAAUCUACAGAUCCCUGCACAUCAAGUCGAUUCCAUUUGUUGUAGACUAACUUAAAUACAAAGAUUAAGCUUCUUGAUAAAUUUCCUUCUCCUGUAUUAUGUAACCUUUCGCUUUUCGCUUUUUUAGAACCCUUCCAAGGGAAUUCAAGAUCUUCAUUCCCUUCUGGAGCAUUUCAAGUUUUUCCAACAGUUUUCCAACAUGCUUACAAGCAGUCCAAUUCCAUUGAUUCCACCGCAUGGCACAUCCAAGGCUUGUCAGAGCUCUGUCACAGUGUCUCUUUCGUCGGGGACUGGUACAGACUUUCCAUACAAGCCUCUUGGCUCAACGUCACAGACCCGGUCUGGCAGUGUAAGCUCGGAAGCUCAAACAUUAGCUACAGAGUCUGCAAAUGGUAAGGCAAGCCCUGGAGUGUUUUCAGUGGCUUCUCACACCUCGAGCACAGUCUUGUCAGGGGCGUCUUCGUCCGCACCUGAGACGCAGUUAUCAAGGACUCCUACCUCUUUGGUUCCACUGAUUAAUGAAAGAGGUCUGCCGAGUGGGUAUGUCUUCUCCAUGGGCACUUUUUUUGCUGGAUUGUCUUUCUUUUCAAGUCAAAUGUGAUUCUGCUGGAUAUUAAAACGAAGGCUGACAUCAAUUAAACUGAAUGUCUAUGCUAUUCCAAAACAGCAUCGUAGGAAAGAAAAUAUAGAAAUUUACGGUGCAAAAGCUCAGCAUUACAAAAGCUUUUUCAGCUGAAGGUUCAUGUUAAGUUUUGCUGUUUUUGAUCAACUCUUCAACCUGAGAGUGACCAGCAUCUAAUUUCCCCUUACAAUACUACCCCUGAAUCAGACAUCAAGGUUAAGAGAUCACCAGUGAUCACCAAUAAUGACCGCACAACACAGGUCGCCAGAUUGGCGACUUCCCUUGCAAAUUUAGUCGCUAAAAUUUUUCUCCUCUUGCUGUGCCGACUCAAUUGGUUGAAGCUUGGAGCGCUGACCACGUCUCAAUCUACAAUCUUAGGCCGGGUUAUCCAGUUUAAACCAAGUUUGAGCUCUUAAUAGAUUACCACGAACAGAAACACGUAAAAUGUUUUUAUUUGCUCUUUAUUUACCGUUUUAUUUACAUACACUUAGUAUGUCCAGUGCCAGCGCUAGUGGUGGCGUAAGUAGUUCUAUCAACUCGGUGGCUCCAUCAGGGACAUCCUCAGCAGUUACAAGGUCCUCCAUAACACCGGGGCUCAUUGGUGCAAUGGCACGUCUGGUGAACAAUUUGGUACUCCUGAACCCUGGGCCCAUCAUCGCAGCUCUGAACAAGGCAGAGAUUCUAAGCAGCUUUAUCGAGUGAGUAUGUAGGAAUUAUACGUUGUAGCGCAAUUUUUUUAUCAUUGUAAAUGGAGACGCAGAUGGCAAUGAUAGACGAUGAUAUUUUUUUUUUAUAUUUUUGCUGUUUGUUUGCAGUCAUAUUGAUUGCACGGAGGUACAAGGCUACCUUUGCGUGGAAGAACCCACCCCGCUGUCCUGCGCGUCCGCUGUAGUGAUUCAAGAGAUACUUUGCAUGUACAGCGAAAUCUUGUCUUUCCUUCACACUGUUGUCAAAGUGAAUACCAUCUUUUGCUUCACUUUGCUGCAAGACCACAAAGCUCUUGACAGGAUAAUGCUCCUCUUUUCACUUGAUGCUUCACAUACAGGUAAACUGAACGCCCACUAAAACAUCAAAGCUGCUAUUUAAUGUUAAUCAAGCAAUAGAUUGCACUCUCUCUUAGAGUAACUUUCCAUCGAGUGUUGAAAGUGAUACGGAAUUGCAUUAGUUUACUUUGCUCUGUGAUUGAGUUUACUCGCGUUCUCAUUGGCUCCUCAGGGUAUUUUCCUUUCCUUUGAUUGGCAGCUCUGAUUACCUUGGUCUUGGUUUUAUGACAUUCAGUCGAAAAGCAUUCUAAAAGUUUGCUGACGUUACGGCCCAUUAGUGAUAAUGGAUGAGCACAAGAUAAAUCUUUAAUAAAGGAUAAAAUGAUGUCGAAAUGGAAAAAAUGCACAACGGCGAAACUUGUUCCACGUGAACAGUAACCUCAUUUCAAUUCCGAUUUGCCCCCAAUCAAUUUAUGCCAAUUAUGAGCGCAAUAUCCUUUGACGUGGAAAGCUCGUUCAUGCUCCGGCGAAAAAAAACGUACAAGUUUUCUGGUACUCACGUAACCUUCCGUGUGUAGAGUUUGUCAGAGUUAUGAAAAAGUAGCGUGGAAAUAAUUUGUCAAACCUUUUCCUUUGUUAUAUCAGAUGACAGUCUACAAAUUGGCGUCAGAACUGUGCGAGAGAAUGCUUGUAAACUGCUAAUCACACUGCUGCAGAAUCAAGGUCAGCUGUCAGUUCCAAGUGUUGUUGAGGAGACUCUAUUAACUCACUGGAGGCUAUUAAUCAGUAAGAUGGAAUUCUAUUUUUCUGCGUGUAGUAAAAUAAAAAUGACACUUCAGGUGUUGUUGAAAAACUUGGAAAAUACAUUUAAUUUAAUUUAUUUACCUUUGAAAUUUCUUUUACGAAGCCUUUUCUUGAGAAAGAUGUUUCGGUCUAUUGUUGUUUACAAUGGAAAUGAUAUACAAGCUCAUUAUUGCUUACAGUCAUCGCUCAUGAUAGGAUUAACGCUCUGUUGUUUUUAUCGUUUUUUUCGUGUAUCUCCGCCGUCAGUCAUUCUCCCCAAACCCUUUCACUACUUUUUGUGAUUAGCAUCUAAUUUCCCCUUACAAAACCACCCCUAAAUCACACGUGAAGAUCGUGAGAAUAAAGGGAAUGAUCACCAACUAAAGAAUCUCUUGAUUGUUAAAAAAAUAACACUCCUUGUCAGCGGUAUGCACAUUGACAUUAGAGAAGAUAUAAUGGCUGAUCACUUUUUUUUUACAAUUUUUUUCAGGUGUCACCAAACAUUCAUUUGAAGAGAGCAAAUCCCCCGCCCUAUCCUCCCUAAGAAUUUUACUUCUUAAUCUUCUUGGCCUCCAGUUGACCAUCGAGGGCAAACGACAACCCAAUGGGAGAGGGUGGAGUAACGGAAAAUCAGAUAAACCUCUAAUAAAGAAUCAUUUUACUCGAUUACUCGAUAAUACCGAUACCAGUGAACACUUGGUGGAUGCUGUGAAGAAUGAGAAAAAUCAUAGGGAACAAAACUGUGAAUACGGCCCAGGAUUUUCUGCUAGCAGUGAAACUUCUGGUCAAGAACUUUGCAGCGUUUUACUAGAAGUCUACGACAGUGCCCCUUCGCGGCAGAGUUCACUUACCACGGAUCAGGAGCAGGCGUUAGUGUGUGCUGUUCUGAGUGCUUUAUUGGCUUUAAGUCACGCGGCGAAAAGAAUUGCUCUGCAAGGUGAGGAGAUUGACCAGUCUUACCUGAUAACUUAUUUUAAGAGAGUUUGGCUGCUGUUUGAAGUCUCAAAACGCGGUCUAGCAGUAAACUUCACAAUUAUUUCUUUAAUAGUGAAGAACUGAAAAAAAUUUAAGUGUUUUGAACAUCCGGGUCCUGUAAACUACUCAACUCGUGAGUUUGGUUUUUCGAAACAGUCCUCCUAAUCCGCCUCGCUCCCGCAUAGAUUCAUUCUUGCUUCCUUUGUUUAUCUAGCUGGGCUUGUGGAAACCACUCUGGAACACGUCAAGCAUCUUCAUGCUCAGAUGAACAUGAAUUCACUCCAGCUUGGGAAAGGUUCUUCGUGGAGAAGGAAGGUAAUGACUUAAACAUCCUGAAGUGGUUUGUUUACCGGCACAAACAUAACUUAUUUUCUUCCAUCCUUUUAUGUUAGCUCUUUUCCUCAGAGAUUCCUGUACAACGUGGUCUCGAUCUUUUGUUUUCUUUCCUCGAAAUUGCGCCCAUGAGUUCAAACCUUUUCUGCGAGUUUAGUGACCGAGUCAUUCUUCCUCGUGCCCUUGGAUAAAACUUCGUUACUUCGCCUCAGAUAAUGCCUUCUCCUUUUCUUUGGUAAGUGUUGAAACUGCCUCACUCCUACGCGUAACACGAGUUCGAUCAUGCGCAACACGAGUUCUAAAAAUGUAACACGAGGUUUCGAGAAAAUAUUCGUUGAGUUUCACCGAUUAAAGUUGAUAUUCAAAAGCAAAGUUCGAGUUAUCAUUACAGUAAGGGAACGCAAAGUUCAGACAAGCUUUUUUUUUAUUUUUAGCUUACUGUUUUUUCUUUUCAGGAGGAUCCAUUGAUGAUCGAGCUUAUUAAGGUGCUUCAACUACUCAGAAACUUUCUUCACUGUAAUGCAUCAGUCAAGGUAUCUAGUAGUAACAUAAUUCCUGACUGUCAAUCGUUUGCAUCUAUCAGUGUUGUGUUACCGUAGGUUUUUCUUGAUAACCAAAUAUAUGUCUGGAGCUUUCACAUUCAAUUAAAAGUUUUGCAGGAUGACAGGGGUCUAUAGCCGCCUCUAAGAUCUCUUACCACCGUCUGCUUAGCCUGCGAGUAGGCUCUGGUGUUUUGGUUUUGGUUUUUGACCUCUUUUGGAAAAAAUUAUUGAAUCCCCUGAAGGAUUCUGGGAAGAGGUUGGGGAAAGUUUUUGUCUUUGUAAUGUAUACAUAUGGAAAUGCAAACUGAAGGUAUGCUUUCUUUGCCUUUGCUUCUGUAGAGAGCUUGCGUAGAAAGCAGAAUCGUUGAUGUCCUGCACAAACUCUGGUCGUGGUGUUCCGUCGAGGUGCACCUUCUAAACGAAGUUUUGCGUCUGCUAUCAACGCUGACCGCACAGUUUUCAAAAGGUAAAUAGUUCCUGUGAACUGAUAAGAGUUACUUUUUUCGAAUAUAUCAACCUCCUAUAUUUAUUUCUAGAUACUAUUAUCCUCUUCCGUUGUGAGUUUGCUCUCUUUCAAUUUGCCACAAGGGCAGUAUCACCUGGUGUGAGUCAUUUAGACACUUGUUAGGGAACUUGUCAUCUUUUUUCCAGUGACAUGUCGCCUAAAACACCUUUUAUUUGAUCACGUCCAUCUUCACAGCCCUCAUGAUUUAGAGAAAUGUGAUCCGAAAUUUGACUUCAUUUGUUGUACUAUGUUUUGUUAUUGGUGUAGAAAGUUCAUGCCACCUUUUAAACUAAUCAACUGCAAAACUAAAAUCGCUUUUGCCAUGGUAAGACUGAUUUCUUUUUCUCUACCCUGAGCGGGUUUCCUUUGGUUCAACUUGUUCUCAUUUGCCAACUUUGGUAUCGGUUAUACGUCACUCUUGAAGAGCAAUACACGAGCAAAAUCAAAAGCCCACAUAGAUGAAAAAUAAAACCCACACAACUAUGAUGGAAAAUAAAAACCACACAACUAUGUUUAAAUAUUGCCCAUCAAAUACUCGUGUAGAUUGAAUAACUAUAUCAGUUGCUUAAUUUUUUUUUCUGGAUGUAUUUGUACAUUUUUGUGACGAAUUAAUUAAAUAACAAUUUUAGUUAGAGAUCAGGUAGGCACCGAAAAACUUUUUUUUUCUGAUCGUUUCGUUUGUCCUCGCAGCAUCAGCUUAUGUCGCAGGUAGUUCAGGUGUUCUUGGCAACGUUAGCCGUUCUGUUCAGAGUGGAAGCACAUUACUACAUAGCCUGAUUAAACUGACUCAUAAGACCAACAGUAAGCUUCAGAACAGCUCCAGUACCGAAUUGGACAUGCACCUGGCUGUUCUAAAGAACAUGUUCAAUCUGCUUAGUAACCUGGCUUUAAGUGCCGAAUGUAGAGGAGUCCUGUGGAAGGUAGGCCUGGGAACGUGUCACUCGCAAUAAUGUCGUGUCGUCCAUUACAGUCGCUUUUCAAGUAGUAAUUUCUCUUCUCAUAAAUUUCUGCCUUUCCUGUUGUACUCGGCAGGAAUGUAGCGAAAUUAGGGCAAGUACCUCUCAAAAACAACCUCGUGCUUACAAGGCGCGUACAAUUUUCGAGAGCUGCCGUCUCGUCCUCAUGCUACUCCCGUUAGUGGUUUAAUCCCUCCUACGCCCACUGGCUGUUACACGUAGAGAAAAUUAUAGUGGCAGAGAAAUCUAACGUUCGGAUAAAAACACAUUGCGGACCUAACCUUUUAUAAGGAAUUUUUGAAGUGUAAGAUUUAGAAUGAUAAUCUUGUUUACCACUGUUGUUCAAGUCGAAACGUUUAUAAGGCUGGAUGCUUUUUCCUCUGUCUCUGCAGACGAACUUUUUCCAACCAUUCGCUUCACUGAAGCCUAUUAAAAGCGGUGCCCAUCCCAGACACAAGUCCAUUACUCGUGGCGUGACACUCUGCUGGCUCAACGUACUCGUUAGCGUGACAUUCUUUACCGAUGGCCAGCAGGUUGUGGUCAAGACCCCUGGCGUUGUAGAAGUGUUGUUAGAGCUAAGUAUGGCUCAGAACAGGCAGCUACAGGAAAAGGCUCUUCUUGUUCUGAGAAAUUUGUGCUUCCAUGGCGCCAGCAAGCCUGUGCUGUUGGUGAACGGUGAGUUAUCAUCUUCGCAUUAGUGCUUUUUUAGCCUAGUAUUUGUACGUGCUAACGCAAAGUUAUGGCAACAUGUUCUAGCCAUGGUAUAAGAGGCUGCCAAACAGGGUCCUCCUGUUUUCAAAGAUUUCGUCUUGAUUUAGAAAUAACCAACGACGUUUGCACGUGGACGGCUAAACAUUUGUCUGUUCGUUUCCUGCCAAAAUAGGCCAGCAACGUGCGAGGUACAUGUGACAUUGUAGAGUGCUUUUGGAUUGAGUGACAUUACGCCAAAACCAAGGCAAUCACAACAGCCAGUCAUGGCUAAGAUAUAUCACCAGGAGCUAAUGAGCUUAUUCUCCCAAAUGACGAACUAAAUUAUUGUUAAUGCUUUGUUUACUUUGAAAUGAUUGUCCUUUUGUUUCUCCCCCCCCGCCUCCCCUUUACGGGUGAGACUGUUGCUGUGGAUCCAACAACAAUUAAAAUGAUUGGUAUCUCCUCUGUUUUGCAGAGAAGCUACUGUCUCUACUGGUGGAAUUUACUACUGAUAAUUCCGUUUACUUGAGGGCACUGUGCCUCUCAGCUUUGUGUUCACUUCUGCACAAUUGUCAAAAGGUACGUUGCAUGUCACGAUAGUGAAAGUUUGUUAAACCAUAAAGUAUGAAAAAAAGAAGCACUGAAUUAACCCUUUAACCCUGAAGAGUGACUAACAUCUAAUUUCUCCCAACAGUAUCACCCCUGAAUUACACGUUACGUCAUGAGAAUUAGGGAAAUGAUCAACAAAUAAAGAAGCUCUUGAUUGUUAAAUGAAUUCUCCUUGUCAGCACCUUAUAGACUAUAAAGAGAACAGUAUGGAGAAUAUGCAUACUGAUUUUAGGGUGUAAAGGGUUAACAGAAAGAUCGCUUGUUGCUGUGCAUCUGUUCAGUUGUAAAUCACAGGUGACGUCAAAAUGCGGUAAGAACAAAAACAAGUGGCGCGCGAGGCGCUUUGGAGUGUGUUACAGAUGAUCUUACGGAUGUUCUUUCUCUCUGGAGGGUACGAAUGAGGAUUCAAAGGUAAACUGCAAACUGCUAGCUCAUCGUGUCUCUCAACUACUUUACUUUCAUUAGGCCAAAGUAUCUUUGAAGAAGACGGGAUUGGUGAAGAAACUCGACGAAAUUCACUUGCUACCGGGUAAGUUGGUGAAAUCUUCAUUCUUUUCAACCAUCAACAACUACCUUCAAAUUUGUUCGGGGCGCGAGUGCUUUUGAAGUUACAGGACGGGGUAAAAUUCCGAAAAGCGCUCUUUUAAUCGAAGGAUAUCGCCUCUGAUAUCAAACCUUCCAUCAAGUACUUUCUUUAACCGUAGAUAGUUUUUUUUAGUAUCUUUUUUUUUCUCAUUUCAGAAUUUGAACAUGCAACAGAGGACAAAUUUAGCAAAAUGUGUCAGGAGAAUAUAAACAUUUUACGGAAAAUUUUCUCAGACAAAGAUGAUCGUGCUGUGUAA